AUGGAUAUUUAAGGCAGAAACUCAAUUGAUGCGAGAAGAACCUAGCAGCUUUAUCGGACUGCAACCUUAGAAAAUUCAAGAGCAUAAGAAAAAAAGAGAAUUAUAUUUGGAGUUAGAAAACUUGUGUCUUCUAGCGAUAUGCAUUUAAGCUAAGGAGGGAAAUAGUUCACAGAAACGACAUUAUUUACAUAAAAUGAAGAAGAAGAAUCUGAAAAAAUUGUUAAGAAAAAAAAUUGUGUUGAUUAUAUCCUAAUAAAGGAAAAUUCAAAGUGGAAAGCUGCUUGGGAUAUUUAUAUAAACCUACUGGUUGCUUUCAAUUGCUUUCUAACAAUAUACUAAGUUUGCUUCAAUGUUACUAGCUCAGUUGAGCUCGAUAUUAUUGGCUAUAUAGUUGAAGUUUGCUUUUUUACAGAUAUUGUUAUGAACUUUUUAACAGAGUAUAAGGACCCAGAAACUUAUGAAACUGUAAGAUCAAUCGCAAAAAUAGGCAAGAGGUAUGUUUUUAAAGGAUGGUUCAUUAUUGAUUUCAUAGGUAUUAUUCCAUUUCAAUACCUUCUCGGUGGAGGACAAAAAAUGCAAACUAAACUUAUUAGAUUAUUCAGACUUCCAAGACUUGUUAAACUGAUUGAUAUUUCAAGAUUUAACUCUUUGCUGAAAUCCUUAUUUGAAAACAAUUCGUAAGAAGAAAGAAUUAUGAUGCAAUACUUGCUGAUGUAUGGCUAUAAGAUAUUUAGACUAUUUAUAAUCACCUUCAUUAUCACCUACUUUAGUGGAUGUGUUUGGUAUCUAAUUGUUGAGGAAUACAAAGAUUAAGAUCAGGUCUCGUUUUAUUAUAAGAAUAAACUAGAUGAUAUGGACAAUACUUCAAAGCUUAUCAUUUCAUGUUAUUUCGCUUUGACAACAUUAGCCACUGUUGGGUACGGAGAUUAUUACCCAAUAACAGAUCUAGAGAUCAUGACUGCUGUAACUUUAAUGCUUUGUGGAGUAGCAUUCUUUUCGUAUAUUAUGGGUUCAUUCAUUGAAAUUAUCUCGAAUUAUCAAAAGAAAAUGGGAGUUGUUGACAAAUCAACUUUCCUUCGAAAUUGGCUAACUCUCCUAACAAGAUUCACAGGGAACAAGCCACUCUCAAAGAGUCUUAAUAAUCAAAUAGAAGCUCAUUUCGCAUAUUUCUGGUAGUAUGAUAGAUUAGCAUCAAUUCAUUAGCACUAUGAGACACUAAAUGAAUUACCAAAGACUAUGAAAAGGAGAUUCAUGACUAGCUAUCUUUUCGAGGAUAUUUUCCAUAAGUUCAAACAUUUUUUUAAGACCUAUGAGAAUAAAGAAUCUAAAUUUCUCUAUGAUAUCUCAUUUGGAUUCAUGCCUAGAUACUUCAAUCCUGAUGAUCCUGAUGAUAAGGUCUUAUAUGAUGAAGAAAGCGAGAUCCCAGAAAUGUAUUUCUGUCUCGAGGGUAAAGUUGGAAUAGGCUACUCUAUAUUUGGCAGAGGGCUAGAUUCUAAAUAAUACAAGCUGGCCAAAUUUUACAAAAAAGAAUUCUUGCUGUGCGAUCAUUACGUUGUUAACAAUAAAAGAUCUGAGUUUAUUUACAUGGUUUUGAAACCAAUUAAGUGUUUUGCAUUAACUAAAAGAUUUUUGCAUCACGAAAUUUUCCCAAAAUACCCUGAACUAGCAAACUAAUUCAAAGCUGAAGCUUUACUAAGGUAUAGAAAAUCUCUUAAAACUCCCCUUAUGCUAAGCAUGAAAAAAGAAUAUGAGGAAUUAAACAAGAAAAAUGUUUACAGAGUCUUUGAGUUUAAGGAAAAAAAGCAAGAUUAAAAAUCAUCUAGGAACAGAGAAGAGUAGAAAAGUAAGACAUCAUCAAAGAAUAAAGAAAGAAUAAUGUCCUAUGGUUCACUUGCUAGUGAAGAUUUAGAAAAACUUGCGAAUAGAAAUAAGACUAAAAAGGAUUAAGAUGCUUAGCUUAACUCUCAACUUAAAAUGAAGAUGGAGAACAUUUAGCAAGAAGUUGUUAAGUUUAGUGACAACAUUGAUAAAUUCGCAAGUAUUUGCGAUGAUGAGCUCGAACAACUCCUUCAUAAUAUUGACAAUGUCACAACAUCAAUAAAUGAUCUAAGAAAGAAAAAUAUGCAGCUUCCUUAAUGA